UUGAAUGCAGGAAUCACUGUACAUAUACUUUUAGACUUGUCUGAUGUUUGUGCCAUUGUUCACUAUGGAAUAGCAGGGUGUGCUAAUGAUUCAUUAUCUUUUGGUGAUGUUAUUGUGCCGAAGUUUACAUUAAGGAUUCCAGCGAUGGUGUUCAGAGGAGUAUCAGAUUUGGCAGGAGGUGAAGAAGCGAAGUGGUCAUCGACAAGCCUGAACACUUUGGCAUGUGAAAAUGCUCUCAAAGUAACAGUGGAGUUUAUUGUAGCAAUUGGCAGAAUUGUGAGAAGGCCUUUGCAGAGAUUGCUUCCUGAGAAGGUCCUUGAUGAGAUGAUUAAACUGAUCAAUGAUCCUCUGACUAUAAUGAAUAAUCAGAAUAAGGCUUUUGCUCUUAUUGAAGCAUGGGGAGAGUUUGGAUUAGAGCCUGCAUUGCUGUUGAGCCUAAGGACUGUCCAAGGGUCAGUAGAGAAGAAGUCCUUGUUAGAAAACUGGCAGGAUCUCACUCCAAGUCUAGGGAAGAAGAUGACAUGA